UGGACUAAUUGCAUUUUUUUCUCUCUGGAGUUUCCACUUGAGACCUAUUUAGGGGAAGUUAGCAAGAACCAGAAGUGGAAAGAUAAGCAGGGAAGCAUGGGGGACUCAGGAGCUGACAGUGGACAGGGCUCAGUGGACUCCUGCUGCUCACAGGCCCAUGGAUACAGUACGGAUUGCAGUGGUGGGGGCCGGCGUGAUGGGGCUUUCUACUGCUGUGUGCAUUUCCAAAAUGGUCCCAGGAUGCUCCAUUACAGUCAUUUCAGACAAAUUCACUCCUGAGACCACGAGUGAUGUGGCAGCUGGAAUGCUUAUUCCUCCUACUUAUCCAGACACACCCAUUCAGAAGCAGAAGCAGUGGUUCAAAGAGACAUUUGAUCACCUGUUUGCAAUAGUCAGUUCUGCAGAAGCUGAAGAUGCUGGUGUUAUUCUGGUGUCUGGUUGGCAGAUAUUUCGGAGUAUUCCUACUGAAGAAGUGCCAUACUGGGCUGAUGUGGUGCUAGGAUUUCGUAAGAUGACCAAGGAUGAGCUGAAGAAAUUCCCCCAACAUGUGUUUGGUCAUGCUUUUAUGACACUCAAAUGUGAAGGCCCUACCUACCUCCCGUGGUUGCAGAAAAGGCUGAAAGGAAGCGGGGGCCUGAUACUCACCCGACGAAUAGAAGACCUGUGGGAGCUUCACCCGUCCUUCGACAUCGUGGUCAACUGUUCAGGCCUUGGAAGCAGGCAGCUUGCAGGAGACUCACAGAUUUUCCCAGUGAGGGGCCAAGUACUCAAAGUGCAGGCUCCCUGGGUGAAGCACUUUAUCCGAGAUAGCAGUGGGCUGACAUAUAUUUACCCUGGCGUAUCCAAUGUAACCCUGGGUGGCACUAGGCAAAAAGGAGACUGGAAUUUGUCCCCAGAUGCAGAAAUUAGCAAAGAGAUUCUUUCCAGAUGCUGUGCCCUCGAGCCCUCUCUCCAUGGAGCCUAUGACCUAAGAGAGAAAGUGGGUUUGAGGCCCUCUAGGCCAGGCGUACGCCUGGAGAAAGAGCUAUUAGCUCAGGGCAGCCGGAGGCUGCCUGUGGUCCAUCACUAUGGCCAUGGAAGCGGGGGCAUCGCCAUGCACUGGGGCACUGCUCUGGAGGCCACCAGGCUGGUGAACGAGUGUGUCCAAGUCCUUAGGACUCCUGCUCCCAAAUCAAAGCUGUAGGUGACCCGAAAUGAUGGCAAAUGACCCCAGAAUUUAUUAAUCAAAGUGUAACUAAAGUACCAGAAGAGAUUCAAGUAACUUUUCUGUUGAAUGAAAGUUUAAUUGGACAUGAUUUUGUUUUCAAAAUUAGAAUUGAUGCAAUAGGUAUCAGUAGACUUAAACCUACUACUGAUCUAACUUAGUACUAGUUAGUACUAGCUAUGACAUAGGGCAUUAAGCUCUAUUUUUGUUUUUAAGAAAAACUUUCUAUAAAGAUUUCUUUUAAAUCUCAGGUCCAAGGAUCUAAGCUAAUUCAGAUGGAUGCAAGAAUUUUGAUAUAUUUUUUUUGGCUUAUAAAUCCACGGGAGGAGAUAAUGUAUGGAAAACACUUAACUCACUGUCAGUGGCAGUUGCUGUGAUGCUCAUAGGUUGUAGUCAGUGAACACUAUAAUCCUUUAAAAUUACACGGCGAUAUACAAUUCAGGCUCAUUCCAUUUAGUGGAAGACAAAGGACGAUUUCUGCUAGUAUUAAUGGCAACCUCUACUUCCCUUCAGCUGGCAGAUGGUAGAAGCUAGUGAUGACGUGUUGCUUACAGGUGUGGCAUCAACUCAAUUGCUGUCUGGGGUCAGCCACCUAAGGGGUGUACUUUCCAUUACCACAAAUAAUUGAGAGGUGGCUCACUGGGUGGUUGACUUUGCCUAAGCAUUUUUGAAGAUUGAAUUUCAUGUGCAGCCAAAGAGCUAAUUUGCUAAUUAAGAUGGAACAAUCACUCUGAAUGAAAUAUAACCAAAGAGUUUUCUGCAAGUUGUUAAAAAGUACUGGGAAGGAGUGGGAGUAUGUCUCAUGACACAGUGAUUUUGGAAUUACUGAAUUAAUAAAUCU